AUGCUUGUAGUCGUGGUAAUUGGGGUAGUGGAGUGUAGGAGAUUUGAGAAGGAGACGUUGGGAGGCGGUGGACUUGGUUUUGGUUUUGGUGGCGGUAAAGGUUUUGGAGGAGGAAUUGGUGGCGGUGGAGGUGCCGGUGGGGGUUUUGGUGGUGGUGGCGGUGGCGGUGGCGGUUUGGGAGGUGGCAUUGGUGGAGGCCACGGUGGAGGAAUUGGCGGUGGUGCUGGUGGAGGUGCCGGUGGAGGACUAGGAGGAGGUGCCGGUGGAGGACUAGGAGGAGGUCACGGUGGAGGUAUUGGAGGUGGUGUGGGAGGAGGUGCCGGUGGAGGACUAGGAGGAGGCCAUGGUGGAGGUAUAGGUGGUGGUGCCGGUGGAGGACUAGGAGGAGGCCACGGUGCUGGUGGUGGUGCAGGAGGAGGACUAGGAGGAGGCCACGGUGGAGGUAUUGGCGGUGGUGCUGGAGGAGGUGCUGGUGGUGGUCUAGGAGGUGGUGUGGGAGGAGGACACGGUGGAGGUCUCGGAGGUGGUGUAGGUGGUGGUAGCGGUGGAGGAUUAGGCGGCGGUGUUGGAGGAGGUGCCGGAGGAGGAAUUGGUGGUGGUGCAGGGGGAGGAUUCGGUGGAGGAGCUGGCGGAGGAUUCGGUGGUGGUGCAGGCGGGGGUCACGGUGGAGGUUUGGGCGGAGGGUUUGGUGGAGGAUCAGGCGGAGGAUUUGGUGGUGGUGCAGGUGGGGGAGCUGGAGGAGGAUUUGGCGGUGGUGGUGGUGCAGGUGGUGGAUUUGGCGGUGGUUUUUAAAUAUUCAUACAAAAUCUCUUCUUAGCUUGAACUAAGCUAGGGCUAGUUACUUAUGUGCCAAGUCGCAAGUACAUUAUAUUUUCUUUGUGAUUCAUUAUUUAUAUGUACGAAUAACCAUACUUAAAAAAAAAAGAUAAACCGUAUUCACAAAUCACAAUAGUUUUCCUUUGCUUGUUAAUCCAAUUAAUCAUCCGGGAAAGUAUUUAAACUGGAAAAUUAUUUAUAACUUAUGUAUCAU